UACUUAUUGUUAGUAUUUACUUUGUCAGAAUCAUGGCGGGUUUUCUGAGGUUUUGUUUGUGGGUUUAGUUUAUAAGAAUAAAAAGUAAAAAGAAUUAUAUUGUAAUGCAACGAUAAUUACAUCGUUACUUUUUAUAAUCGAAGAUCAUAAUUUAUCGAGAAUAAAAUGUUGUCAGCUGUCUUGAAGUCUAUAUUUGGUUAUGAUGAUUUUAAAAGCGAUAUUCAAAAACAAGCAACCACUGCUGUUUAUAAAGGUUGAACAUCAUUUAUUACUGUCAUUUAUAAAUAAUAAAUAUGUAGAAUUCGUUUAUGUGUUUAUAGGUAAAAAAGAUGUAUUUGUAUGUAUGCCAACUGGAGCUGGCAAAUCACUUUGUUUUCAAUUGCCAGCUUUAAUGAAAGAAGACAAAAUUACAAUUGUUUUUUCACCAUUAUUGGCUUUAAUAAAGAAUCAAGUUGACUUUUUAGUAAGUAAAAAAAUUAAUGCAACCUCAUUGAAUUCAAAUACGUCUACUAAAGAAAGAAAUGCAAUAAUGAAAGAUUUGGCAUCUAAUUCUCCAAAGAUCAAAUUAUUAUAUAUUACUCCUGAAAUGGGAGCACAGAAGCAUUUUCAAGACACAAUAAAAAGAUUAAAUAGAGAAAAAUUAUUAUCUUAUUUUGUUGUUGAUGAAGCUCACUGUUUGAGUGAGUGGGGUCAUGAUUUUAGACCUAGUUAUAGAGAACUAGGAAAAUUUAAAGAAUUAUGUCCCAAAAUUCCUAUAAUUGCAUUAACAGCUACUGCUGCAAAAGAAGUAAAAGAUGAUAUACUCCAGUGCUUAAAUAUGAAAAAUCCUGCCAUAUUCUCAGUUCCUGUAUUUCGACCUAAUCUUUAUUAUGAUGUAUGGUUUUUAGAAAUAUUAGACAAGCCUCUUGAGCAUUUAAAAAAUUUUGUUAUAGAAGCUCUUGGUUCUCAAGAUAAAUGCACUCCAAAAGCAAAAAAAAAUUGUGGCAUUAUUUAUUGUAGAAAAAAGGAAGCAACAGAAGUAAUUGCACAUAAAUUAUCUAGUUCUGGUAUACCUACUCUUGCAUAUCAUGCAGGUUUAAAAACUCAGGAACGUAAUGAAAUUCAAAAUAAAUGGACAUCUGGCGAAGUACCUAUUAUUGCAGCAACGUGUAGUUUCGGAAUGGGUGUAGAUAAAGGAUCUGUUAGAUUUGUAGUACAUUGGACAGUUCCAAAAAAUAUAGCAGCUUAUUAUCAAGAAUCUGGUAGAGCUGGUAGGGAUGGUAAACCAGCAUUUUGUAGAAUUUAUUUCAGUGAUAAAGAAUAUUCAGCUAUUUCAUUUCUUAUUAAAGGGGAAAUUGCGCGGAAAAAAUCCGAGCUUGUAAAAUUAAAUUGGAAAAAUUUUGAAAAGGCUGUUUCUUAUUGUCUUGAAGUAAAAUGUAGACAUACAGUGCUUUCUAAAUAUUUUGGAGAUAGUCCACCUUUAUGCAAAGAUAAGUGUGAUGUAUGUAGAAAUAAAGAUAGUGUUCAAUCAAGAAUAUCACAGUUCGAAACAUUUCAAACUAGAUCGCAAUCUCAAUCUAAAUUUACUGGCAAUUCAGAUAGUAUUGCUUUAUCAAAGUAUGAUGGUUGUGAAAAUGAAUGUGAAGAAAAGUCAGAUUCAAGGGAAAAACUGUUAGCUGAAAGUAAACGAGAAGCUAAAGAAUUAAUUGAAAAACAGUUUGCUAUUCGGAGAAAUAAUAAUAAAAGUAUUGAGUUAAAAAAACAAAAUCGCGAAGAUGCUAAACAAUCUCAUGUACGUGCAGCUGAAAGUACCGAUAUAAAAAUAAAGGGUUUAGCUGUGCAAAUUCGUGAACAUUUCUAUGUUCAGUUAAGAUCAGCUUUAUUAGAUAAUUAUGAAAAGAUCUUUCCUGAAUCUAAAGAACAAACUCAAAAAAUUGAUAUGCAUAAUUUAGCAAAUGAACUCGAAUAUAAAGUUUUAUGUAGCAGUAAAAUUGCAAAUAAGUAUAAAUUUGAUAUGUCUAAAUUGAUUUCUUCGAUACGGAAAUGUACCAGCUCUAAUACGCUACACGAACAUUUACGAGAUUUUGAUGCAAAUAGUAAACAAAAUAUGCAACUCGAAUAUUGUAAUGAAUAUGAUGAUAAAGAAGGAAAAAGUGAUGAUUUAGAACAAGAUACGAAAGAUAAAUUGAGUAAACAAGAAAAUAAAAAUAUUUUAUGCCCAAUAUUUAAAACUGCUUUAGAAAUAAGAAAGAGCGAAAAAAUAUUGGAAAAUAAACCUCAUACUAAUAAAAAAGAUAUAUUCGAGUUAAGUAUUUUGCAAGGUGAUAAUAGAAAUACUAAUACAAUAGGAUGGAAAAAUAGGGUUGAUAAAAAUUUGUCCCUUUUCACUAAAGACGUAACCAGUGAAAGUAGUGACCUAAAAGAAGAUACUGAAGAAUCUCCAAAACAAGAUAAGAUGACCGAUUUUCAAAUAUUAAGUGGUUUUAUGUGCGCUCGAAAAAUUCAUGAAGAGAAUGAAAUGUUAUUAAAAAAUCACAAUAAAAAGUCACGAAAAUCUUUGAAAGAACCUAAAAAGAAAAGUCCCAAAAAUAAAAAAGCGUUACCCGUAAAUAAGUCGGUUUAUGAACAAAUUUUACAGUCUGCAAAAUCAAUGAAAGUGACAAAAAAUAAUGAAAGUGACCACAGUGUAAAUAUCAGGAAUGAAAAAGAAUCAAAAUAUUUUAGCAAAGAGAAACGUAAAAAUAUAGAUCUAUCUGAAAACAACGUAAAUACGAAAUCGCAUAAAAAGAUGAAAUUCGAAGGAAAAGAAUGCUCUGUAGUUAACAAAGAAAAAACUAUUAAUAUUGAUGACAUUGUCGUUACUGAAAUUUCUGUUGAUAAAAAUAAUAAAGUUGACAAUGAAAAAACUGAGGUUGAUAAUUUUAAAGAUAAAAACGUAUUUACAGCAAUAAAAAAUGCAGAAAAAGAAGAAACAUUAAAACAGAAAAACAUAAUAAUUGAACAUGUAGAAACAAAAAAAUCUUUACAAGAGAAACAUGAUAAAAAAAUUCGUUUAAACCAGCAUACAGAUAAAGAUAAGAAGAAACUUGUAUCUGCAGAUAAAAUUACUCAAUUUAAAACUGCAGAAAUUUUAAAGUCAUAUUUAAUGAAGUAUUACCCAUCUGAACGUAUUCCUGAUCGAACGACAUUUUCAAAAACAUGUAGAGAAAUGCAUUAUAUUCUCCUUGGGAAACAAAUAUUUGAUAAAGAGGGAAUACAACAGUUUGUUAGGAAAUAUAUGACACAGAAUUAAUCGUUCUUGUCACAAGUCCAUUUGAAUAUUAUAUAAAAUAUGAAAAACUUUGUAUAUAUCUGUAUAAAUAUGAACGCAUACUUUAAUUUAAAAAUUUUUAUUUAUUAUACAGGGUGGCCACUGAAAAAUUGAAAGGUUUGAAAAAGCCC